CACCACCGCCACCCCAUCCCCCACACCACACCACCACAACACCACCAUACCCCAAACCACGCCAUGGCCGCAGGGAGACUAUUGCCGUCGUCGGCGACCCUCAUGGUUGUGGCCCUCUGUCUCCUCUGCACCAUGUGUAUGUCUGUCGUCCUCUUCCUCCCUGAGCUCUCGCCGGUCUCCGUCCCGCCCACGACCUCGCUCGCGUCCACAGGUCCGACAGGCGGUGGUGCAGGUGGCUCGGCUGCCGCAGGUGACGGUGGCGGUCGUGAUGCCCAUGUCCUCCCCCUCCGGCUGAUACCACCACCUCGACCUCGUCUGCGGUUGCCGGGCCAGGCGCCGACGCAGACAAGAUGCGGGCGGUGCGCGAGGCAAUGAAGCACGCUUGGGGUGGGUAUGUCGAGCAUGCAUGGGGCGCCGAUGAUCUCAAGCCGGUCUCAAAGUCGGCGUCCAACUGGCUCGGUGGGUCGGGCGCAACGGUGCUCGACGCGCUCUCCACGCUGCACAUCAUGGGCCUCUCGGACGAGUUUGCCAAGGCUCGCGGAUGGGUGGCCGAUGUGCUGACGUUUGACAAGCGCGGCUUUGUCUCCACCUUUGAGACAAACAUCCGGUCGCUCGGCGGCCUGCUCUCGGCCUACGACCUCUCGGGCGAUGCCGUGUUCCUGGAGAAGGCCAUCGACCUGGGCAACCGGCUGCUGGAAGCAUUCAAGACGCCGACGGGUCUGCCGAAUGGGCUCAUCGACCUCGCCACCGGUCAGGGCCGCCCGCAGUCAUGGGCUGCCGGCGGCGGCAUCCUCUCGGAAAUGGGCACCAUGCAGCUCGAGUUCAAGGUCCUCUCGCAGCGAUCAGGCGACGACAAGUACGCCAAGGCUGCCGAGAAGGUCAUUGACCUCCUCGAUGCUCUCCCGACGCCCGACGGGCUCUAUCCGCUGUAUGUCUCGCUCGACACCGGCACUUUCCGUACCAACCAGAUCUCGCUCGGCGCACUGGGCGACUCGUUCUACGAGUACCUGCUCAAGCAGUGGCUCCUCACGUCCAAGACCGAGCCCAAGUACCGCCGCAUGUACGACGAGACCGUGGCCGGCAUCCGGCAGCACUUGGUGGCGCGAAGCACCAAGUCGGGCCUCACCUACGUCGCCGAGCGCAUGGGCAAUCGCCUCGUCCACAAGAUGGAUCAUCUCGCGUGCUUCCUCGGCGGCAUGUUCGCGCUCGGCGCCGAGAGCCACCAGCUCGACGAUGAGGUUUUUUCCCUUGGUGCCGCCAUCACCGAGACCUGCCACCAGCUCUACGCGCGCUCGCCGUCGGGCAUUGCGCCCGAGUUUGUCAACUUUAACGCCGGUGGCGACGACUUUGUUGCCGGUGCCCCGUACUACCUGCUCCGGCCCGAGACCGUCGAGUCGAUGUUCAUCAUGUGGCGUCUGACACACGACCAGCAGUACCGCGACAUGGGCUGGGCCGUCUUUCUCGCUCUCGAGAAGAUGUGCAAGGUGCCGAGCGGUGGCUACUCGGGCCUCAAGUCGACGCUCACCACGGCCCGCACCUGGGAUGAUGCCCAGCCGUCGUACUUUCUGGCCGAGACCCUCAAGUACCUCUACCUGCUCUUCACCGACGACUCGGUCAUCCCACUCAACGAGUGGGUGUUCAACACCGAGGCCCAUCCGCUGCGGGUCUGGGAUCCGACCACCGCCUGAGCAUCCAGUCGAGACCUGGUGCACUCGGCCUGUCGCCAUCAACGCAAGGACAAUGUGUGCGGGGCUUUGGUCGGCUACGAUUGUUUCGAUGUAAAGGUUCGGUCAGUG